UUUAUAAAUUUCGUACCAAAUGGUAGCCGACACAAAUCUAUAAUCGUCGGAACUAAAAAUGUCAGCAGCAUCUGCAAGCAGCUCGAUAGUUAAAGCAAAUGAAAACAGCAAUAACAGGACAGACGACAGUGAUAAAAAUAAAAUGUCUAGUGUUAAAAAGAAAAGGGAUGUAAAUAAAAACAGUGGUAAUGAUGCAAUUAUAAAAGUGAAAAGUGUUAUUCCUAGACGAAGACAGGAGCUGCUGAAAUGGUGGGGCUGGGGCUACAAGGACUCCAAGUUCGAGGUCGUCGAUCAGACGGCGCGAUUCACAGGCGACAGAUACUUAAUAGGCGGGAAGACCCUCCCGCACUUCACACCAUGGGUCAUCCAGAACCUGAACAUCGAUAUUACCAAGCCGCCCAAGACCACGCCACUCCCCGCCUCAUACCCUGACAGCAGGCUACCUAGUAACGUCCGUGAGGAGUUGGAGAAGAUCGCGCUGGUCAGCGUGGAGGGGAUGGACCGGCUCAUCAGGGCGCAUGGGCAGACGCUCAGUGACAUGGCUCAGCUCCGGAGCCACAGUUUGCCGAGGAUACCGGACGCUGUCGUGUGGCCCGAGUGCCACGACCAUGUUGUGAAGAUAGUCGCCCUCGCCACUCGCCACCAAUUCGUGAUAAUUCCGUUCGGCGGAGGCACUUCAGUGUCGGGCUCCAUUACGUGUCCGGCCCGAGAGCCGCGUCCAAUCGUAGCUCUUGACACCAGCGAGAUGAACUCCAUCCUGUGGAUCGACCGCGACCAACUCUUAGCACGGGUUCAGACUGGUAUUGUAGGCCAAGACCUCGAGCGUGAGAUGCGCGCCCGAGGCCUCACUGUGGGCCACGAGCCGGAUUCCUACGAGUUCUCCACGCUGGGGGGAUGGGUGGCCACGAGGGCCAGUGGCAUGAAGAAGAACACUUAUGGCAACAUCGAAGACUUGAUUGUUCAAACCAAGACGGUGACCCCAACAGGCGUGCUAGAGAAGAGUUGUCGCGUGCCGCGUAUAUCUUGCGGGCCGGAGUGGGAGCACGUCAUCAUGGGAUCGGAAGGCUGCUUCGGAGUCGUCACAGAGGUGACAAUAAAAGUGCGUCCACUACCAGCUGUGACCCGCUACGGUUCCCUAGUAUUCCCGGCGUGGGAGAACGGUGUGGCUUUCGAACGGGAAGUCGCCGAGAAGCGUCUCCAGCCUUCCAGCAUACGUCUCAUGGACAACGACCAGUUCCGCUUCGGGCACGCGCUCAAGUUCGAGUCAUCCUGGGGCGGCGUGAUCCUCGACGGGCUCAAACAGUUCUACAUCACGCGCAUCAAGGGCUUCGACCCGGAGAAGCUAUGCGUCGUCACGCUACUGUUCGAGGGUGAAGCCGAUGAGGUGACGGAGCGAGAGAAAAGGAUCAACGCCAUCGCGACUAAGUAUGGCGGCGUGCCGGCCGGCGCCACCAACGGCGAGCGCGGCUACACCUUCACGUUCGUCAUCGCUUACAUCCGGGACCUGGCACUAGACUACAGCGUGGUAGCAGAGUCGUUCGAGACGUCAGUCCCCUGGGACCGCACGCUGGCGCUGUGCGCCGCCGUGAAGCGACGCGUGCGCGCCGAGUGCGAGCGCCGCGGAGUCCAACACUACCACAUCUCCUGCCGACUCACACAGACAUACGACGCCGGAUGUUGCAUUUACUUCUACUUCGGGUUCAACUCGUCGUCGUUCAAGGACCCCGUUACAAUGUAUGAAGAAAUCGAAGAGGCCGCUCGAGAUGAAAUUAUUGAUUGUGGCGGUUCAAUAUCUCACCACCACGGUGUUGGUAAACUUCGGAAAAAAUGGUACAAAGACACAGUAAGCGAACCUGGUCGAAGAUUAUUACUCGCUGCUAAGAAAACGCUAGAUCCCGAUAAUAUUUUUGCCCUAGGAAAUAUGGCGUUUGGUGAAGAUGAACAUGAAAAUACAAAAAUUAAAAGUAAAUUAUAACUUGGUUAAAAUAUGACAUAAUGUUACUAAAUUGUUGCUUUCUGUGACACUAGCAAAAGCGACAAAGUGUAAGCGCGGUGAUAAGUAGGUGAAAAUGUCGAACGUUUUUUCUUAGCGGCAAGUCUGAUUUCGUGCUUGGUUGCGAGUGUUGUUGUUUAGCAAAAAUUUUGGCGUUAUUGCAGAUUUAUCCUAACAACAUUAAAUUACUUUGACACUUCUCUGUGGCAAUUUUCUUCGUAGUUUACCACUACUGCCUGAUGCUUACCUCACUUCAAGUCAUUCAACAACGCAACUCAAUAUGAAACUGCUACAUAAUUAUAUGGCAUUUGAAUGCCAAUUGGCUUCACUGAAAGGCCUUGAGUACAUCUUAUUCAUAAGGAUUAUUUAUUUUUUCCCGGUUUUAUUAAUGAUAAUGGAUUAAGUGUCGGCAAUGGUUAGGUAUUAUGUAGGUACCAUAGAUGCGUGUUUGUUGUGAGCAGUGCCUUCAAACAUGCGGUUUUAGUUGUAAAAUUUAUUAUUAGGAUCUAGGUCGAAGUGAUGUGUGUCAUACUUAUUUUGAUUAGAUAACUCACGGGUCUCGGCAUAGUUUUACAUUUUUACAUGAUUAUCUAAUUGUUAUAUUUUAGGAAUAAUACAUUUGAGCACCUGUAAUAAUUUAAACAGCUACCUAUGAUGUUAGAGACUUUUAGUAAGUAUAAUAUAUAAGGUCCUAAUUUAUUAGUUGCAGAUAUUUUAACACAUGAUACUUUACAUUAAAAUAAUUGACUUUAAAUAUAAAUUAAGAAAUCUUUUCAUGUAACUUUUUUGAU